AUGAUUCUGCCAGGGUACGAGGCGAACUCCUCCACGGCCUCCUCCGGACUCACUGGACUGGACCAAACAGAACCCUCUAAUCUGCGGCUCUCACCCGGUCCGGCUCCUGAGCUCGUCCUUUGUCCCGCCUCCCCGGUGUGUGCGAGCCCUGCCCCAGUGCACCCUGGGUACACAGCAUCAGCUCAUGAUGAGGAGAGCAAACAUUACAACGUGAUUGACAGGGAUCAGAACGUCUAG